AUGACAAACAUCACUCCUGUUGUCUCUUUCCUCCUCACCACCGAACACGCCGCCGCUCCAAUUCAAGAGCAUGUCCACUCGCCAGACCGCCUGGAUACCUUCCUCCAAGAAGCCUACCGGAUAAACUCACACAUCUCCUCCCUCCUUGUCUACCUCCGUCAAAUCCGCCAACCCUACCUCUCCACCUCUACUGCUCCACCUCCACGCAAACAUCGCAGCACACCGGAUGAUUCCCGCGCCCAAUCUCCUCCGAUCCACCUAACCGACGCCCAACGCACCGAAAUCGACACGCAGACCUCCACCCUCCUCCACGAACUCAGCAGCAACAUCUCCUCUCUCACCGCCGCCGAGAAUCUACGCAACUCCACCGAGACCGCACUGCUUGAACGGCGGUUUGGAAGCAAGCGUGGCGGAGGAGGCAGGAACAACGUCCUCUGGCGAUGGGCCGCAGGGGGAGAAGACAACGCGGACGAUGGCGAUGAAUCCGCAGGGAAGGGUCAUGAACAGCUAGAAGCCGAGGGGCGUGCAACCAGUAUCAAAACGUUCCGGGAGGGCGUAUUGUGGUACCUGGGAUGGAGGCUCCAAGGCGCGGUGGAGACGCAGAGAGGGAUGGUGGAGGUGCGGGCGGCGCGGGAGAGAGAGAAGGAAAAAAGUGUGCUCUGGAAGAUGAAGACGGAUGCAUCAGCAGCAGCAGGCAGCACCGUGGAGUCCAGCGGUGGUGGGAUGGGAGGUGGGGGCGGUCAGAUCCCGAGACGCACAGCGACAGCCACCCAGAACAGUAUGAAUGGGCAUCUCGACUACAAGAUGGAUGACAACUACAACCCCACCCUCGACGACUCCAUCACCAACCGAGAUCGAACCAGCGAAGAGAUGGAGAUGGACAACCUUCCCCCCAACCUGCAGCAGCUGUUCGAAUCCGAAAACUCUACCCUCCUCGCCCACUACAAUACGACCCUCUCGAAAAUCGCUCAGGCAGAGAAGUCUUUGCUGGAGAUAUCCUCGCUGCAAUCUACGCUGCUCACGCAUCUGUCGACUCAGGGCGAGAUGAUCGAGCAGCUAGUGCAGGAUGCGCAGGGGACGGGAGAGGAUGUCAGGAGGGGGAAUCGCGAACUGAAGAGGGCCGGGGAGAGGUGGGGGAAGGGACUUGCUAGGGGCGUGUUCUGGGUCACGGUGGGUCUCUGCGGGUUCUUGGUGGGCUGGGAUCUGGUUUUCUAG